AAACUGCAACACUGCCUACAUCAUCUGGAGUGUCGGUCUUUCAUUACAAUUAUUUUAUGUCGUCUGCGAAAAGACAAUAUUGACGAUAUCGUGGGAAAUUCCUCAGAAAUAUUUGCAAGAGCUAGAACAAAUAAUCCUAACAAUGUCCUCAUCGUCUAGCUCCACGAGCGACGAUAAGUACUUCAUCCGAGUCUCGGAAGACCUUCCGACACUCGAUGAAUGCUCCCGGUUUGUUAACGACUCCUCGUGCGGUGCGAUUGCGACUUUCACAGGAACGACGAGGGAUAAUUUUCAGGACAAAAUGGUCACCCAGCUGAGCUACGAGGGGUAUGUUCCGAUGGCCAUAAAGGAGCUAAGGGGUGUGUGCGACGAUGCCUGCAAAAAGUUUGCGAGCAUUCACAAGAUUGCCGCCGUUCAUAUACUGGGCGAUUGUCCUGUUGGCAAAGCGAGCGUGAUUUUGGCAUGCUCGAGUCCCCAUCGACGAGAUGCUUUGCAUUGCAUCGAAUUUCUGAUCGACGAGCUCAAAGCAAGGGUUCCAAUAUGGAAAAGAGAAUGUUACGAAGGAGACGAAGGGUCGGUGUGGAAAGAAAACGUAGAAUGGAAAGAAGGGCGACGAGAGAGAGUCAUGGUUAAGGAGGAAGGAACAGAGAAAUGAAUUUCAUCUAAAUGUCUCCUUCCGUCUUCACCAUUAUCCGAUAUCAAACAUCGCCCAUUGUUCAAGAAACUUUUACCAUGAUGCUUUCUCAAUCAUAAUUUUUGAUUCAUGUAGAAAUAGAAUUUUUGAACUUGC